UAUUUUGUGAUAUUUAGACACCAUGUUCUUUUUAAACUUCGUGUUAUAGACAGAGCGGCCUAUUUACACUAAAAUGAAGAAAAAUAGUAUGGUAUCUUCUUCAAGGCGCAAAUGUCGAAAAGCUCACUUCUCUGCUCCAAGCAGCGUGCGAAGAAAGUUGAUGAGUGCUCCUUUGUCUAAAGAACUUAGAACUAAAUACUCUGUACGUUCUUUACCUGUUAGAAAAGACGACGAAGUUAUUGUUACACGUGGACCCUUUAAAAGUACUCAACCAGGAAAAGUUAUCAGUGCCUACCGAAAAAAAUGGGUUUUGCAUAUUGAAAGAGUUCAAAGAGAAAAAGCUAAUGGAGCAACUGUUAGUGUUGGAAUUCAUCCUAGCAAGGUUGAACUUGUGAAACUAAAGUUAGAUCCUGAUCGUAAGAAAAUUUUAAAUAGAAAAAGCAAAAAAAAUCUACAAGAAAAAGGCAAGCAUAAGGAAGAAGAUGUUGCUAUGGCUGCUGCAGAGUAAUGAUACAAAAGAGAAAGGACUGAACGAUCUUUUUAUGAAACCUGAAGGAGAAAAAUCUAUAUGA